AUAUUGCGCGCAAUUCCGCUGUUGCGUUACAGCUAUUCUGAUGGUGUUUCGAAUAGAGUGUAUCCUUCUCAUCACUCUAUGGAGUGGGGUCAGCUGCCUAGAGAUACCUCCACAUGGAACAUCAAAACUUCCAGUCAUAAAAGAUGAUCAAAUCAAAUCGACCAAGGAAGUUAAUUCAGCAUGGAAUUUGUUUUUAUCGGGAUUUUCGUCUUCAUUUUACGUUAUUAUAAUAUCUGAAAUUGGUGAUAAGACAUUUUUCAUCGCUGCUAUUAUGUCUAUGCAACAUCCACGAGCUUUGGUUUAUUGUGGAGCGAUGCUCGCUCUUAUCACCAUGACAAUGUUGUCGGCGUUACUUGGUUACGCAACAACAAUCAUCCCGCGAUUUGUAACCUUAUAUUUAUCCGGUGCUUUAUUUUUUAUAUUCGGCCUGAAAAUGCUCUAUGAAGCAUAUACUAUGUCUUCCAGUACAGCCAAAGAAGAGUUCGAUGAAGUUCAUAUGCAACUCACACAGUCUAGAGCAGAUGAUAUAGAAACUGGUCGUUCAACCCCAGACUCUCCCCAGGGAUUUCCCUCCAAAUUACUUACGAUCACAAGAAACAUAUUUACUCCAAUCUUUGUGGAAGCUUUUGUGCUCACAUUUUUUGCAGAAUGGGGUGAUAGGUCUCAGAUAACUACAAUUGUUCUUGCAGCUACAAAGAGUGCUUUGGGUGUAAUCGUAGGUGGAGUUGUUGGUCAUGCUUUAUGCACAGGUUUAGCUGUCCUUAUGGGUCGUUUUGUUGCUCAACGCAUUCCUGUACAGUGGAUUACAUUUAUCGGAGGUGUGACAUUUAUAAUAUUUGCGUUCAGUGUAUUUUUUGGGAAUCCAGACACAAUGUCUUAACUUUGACGUUUGCGAUCAUCAGUUUUUUUUUUAAAAUAUAUAUAUAAUAACUUAUUUUCAGUUUGUAUUGGUUAAUAAUAUUUUUGAAGCACUUUGAAAUUGAUACUACUCACGGUAUAUUUGUGUUAUUUGUACAACUAUCCAAUUAUUCCUAAAAUUUCUUUCAUUUCAGAUAAAUUUAUUCUUUUUCCAUGUUUCUCAUAUUAUGUUUAUAAAUAAAAGGUCUCUUUAUCUAACUGAAUAUCAGAUAUUAUAUAACUGUGAUUACAUAAGAAACAGACAAUAAGCUGUUUUUUUUGCUUUCUGUACAUUCCUUUUAUAUCUAGUAUUCUAUGUACUUCUCUAUGUAAUUUCUUUUUGGUCAGUUCUUUAUUUUUUUUCUUCCUUCAAUAUAUCACUUCGGUAAUAUUUCUUAUACAUUAAUAUUCUUUAUGUAAAAUGAUCAGUUUAUUUUUCUCUACAAACUAUAUUUUAGUAAUAUCAAAGAUAUUUGAAGAAAGUAUUAGUAAAUCGAAUAAUAAACAAUGUAGUUUGUUGAAUAGAAAUUGACAUUUACAUUGUAUUUUCAUUGUGUUGUUUACAAGUUUAUUGUCUUUUUGUAUUGCUACUAACUAAAUAGAAAAUUUAGGAGAAAAAUAAAAUGAAAUUGUGUAAUAAAAUACAUACGUUAUGUAGUUUUAUGGAUUUUGAAAAUAAAUUCUUUUCUUUUUUUUAACAUAGAGACAUUGAAUGCUUUAAUCUCAAUCAGUAUUCAUAAUAUUUAAUUGAGUAUCCAGAUAAGAAAUUGUUUUAUUUAAAGGUUUAAGUAGAUUGUUAAUUGAUUUUUCGUGAUAAUCUAUCCUGUUGAUAAUAUGAACUCAUUUUUAAUGUUUGUAUAGAUAUGCAUCUAAUACAAUUAUUAGAUCUUGAACAAAACAAUGUAAUUUGAUAUGUCAGUAAUAAUAGAAGUGAAUACAGUG